AUGGAAAAUACGGCCUACAACACUGAAAUCACUACAUACUAUCCUACCUUGGAACAGUUGGAGGAACAGCGCUUAACUCAUUCAGACUUGGCUUUCAACAUGGCACGACUAGACUUUAUUAUAGACGAAGGUCCCUACUUGAAUGACGAAACCAAGUUGAUUUCUAUGUAUGAAGAAGUCUUGCAAAUAAUCACCAACCUUGUUUCAAUGAGCGAAAAGAAUCCUACAUUGCACCAAUCCGUGUCUGACUUCUUUCAGAACAGGAGACUAGAUAAAGUGGUAGCCAUUCUAUUGGGCUACUCAUUUCUCAUACCCUUGAGAGCAGACCUCAAAUAUGGAAUACCUGUGAAUCUUCCCAAUUACAAGAUUAUAGAAAACAUCAAAUUGGUGGUAGAGUUAAUCUACAGUAUCAAACCAUAUCUGUUCAGAAAGAAUCUCAUUCAGGUAGCUUCUACUGUUGGGUUGUUGGUGAUUUUGGAAGACAUUCUUGAAAGGUUACUUCUGGAGAAAAGAGAUAUUCCGGAUAGAAUAAUGAAGCACAAGGAUAGCAUACAAAUAAUAAAGGUGAAAAAACUCAAGAAGGAAAUAGUCGAUAUAUUUGGAGUCGUUGAUGACGAAAGAGUAGAAGAAUUGCUGGAGUCUUUUUUGAAAAGCGACCAGAUAGUGCAAAUCACCUUUCUUACCCAAAUAGUGGAAGAAACUAUUGACUGUAUCUUGUCUACUUGUCGUCCGGAAUUGUUCCUCAUGAGGUAUUUGAACAAGAAAUCCAAGCUCCUAAAAACACAAACCGAAUACACCAAGUUUGCUGCUGAGUUCACUGCCUUGGUUUCCAACUUUGGAAAUGCCUUCGACAAACACGAAAUUCUCGAAGAAGACUUGGAGAUGUACAGACAAAACAUUGAAAAUACGAUUCGAACUCUUCUUCAGAGGCCGGAGAUGUUCACCCUCAAUGCAUUCACCGAAAUCAAUACUGUAUUCAGCAGAGUCUUUGGUAAGGAAAUCUUGGUUAAUAUCACAAAUGCUUCAGUCACCGUAAUCAAGAGAGGAUCUCUCCACCCCAAAAAAUUCAGCACGAACGACUAUAGAUCAAAACUUGCAAAUCAUAAAAGCAAGGAAGAAAUAGAACCUUCAGAUGAACCCUAUUAUCCAGAUAUUAUUACUGCCGUUCCAGAAAAGAAGCACUUCUUUGGAUCCAACCUUGGAAACAAAAAAUCCAGCAAAUGGAGAUUCUUCAGCUGGAAGAAGCUGUCCAAAUAG